GCCUUGCAAGCGCUCUAUCUUUCCUUUCUCGCAUCCUCGCAUAUCCUUUUUGUUCAAACUCGUGGGUUGUCUUUCUUUCUUUAGUCGACACAACAUCAAAUUUGUUCAACCUCCUCACAUUCAUUUUGGCGGUUUUCCGCACAUACACUCACUCAAUCGACCACGCUCCCUUGACAUACCAAAAUAGGAACAAGUUCCAUAAUUUUUUAAUUUUUUUCGCAUCUUUUUUUCUCACGCACUUUUUUAGACGCACAAAUUCAUUGAGGGAAAACGGGAAAGACAGGGUCACUGGAGCGCUACACUUAUUCAUGCGCAUCCCGAAAAAAGACGACAUAAACUACCUAUCCAAAUAAAGAAACGGACACCAAAGGAAAACAAGACACCAAGGAGAUAGUGCCAGGGACAAGGCAUGCAAAUAUGACGGAUGGAGGAGCGGUCGCGCUGUUUAGCCCUGGGGUUGGUGAUGAAGUCAAGCCGUACAAGAUUCAUGUUUCGGGCAAAUAUCUCGACCUCACGCGCCAAAAGUUGGAACUCACUCGGCUGCCCCAUGAAAACUCAAUCGCGAGAUCCGAUGAUUCCUGGGAGCCAAAGCCUGCCGUUGAGGCUGUGAUCGACUACUGGCUCGACAGGUUUUCAUGGCGUGAUCAGGAAGAAAGGUUCAACACGCUUCCCCAGUUCCGAACCGCCAUAUCGACCGACUCAGCAUUGCAGGCGCCUCAACGCAUUCACUUUCUGCACUUUCGCUCCCCUCACCAGGGCGCUGUUCCGCUGCUACUCAUCCCGCCAUUUCCCUUCACCAACUUGUCUGUAGCCCACCUAGGCGAGUCACUCGCAAACCCUUCUCCUGCCAACGGCGAUGACGAAGCCACCAGGAUAACACCGCCCAUUGCCUUCCACGUCGUGAUCCCCUCGAUCCCGGGCCUUGGAUUCAGUGAUGCCCUACCCAGCAACACGGCCGCGGUUCCAGCCACCGUUGAGAUGCUGGACCGUCUUAUGCGCCGCCUCGAGUACCCCUACUAUCUCGCGAGUGGCACCUCAUCGGGCGUAUCGUCACCUGCCCGUAUCGACUGGCUAAUUCUUGAGCGUCUGUCCUUGGAGUACGCUAGCUCGUGUCUGGGUGUCCAUAUGAUUAGCCCGCCCCUACAAGCGCCCAAUGUCACCGAAGCGCCUGUCGAGUUUGCCAAGUGGAGCAUCGCGAGCCUUUUCAGCGCAGCCAUCCUCGGAUACACCGCCGAAGAUUUUGCCGCUCUAGCUGCCUCCGCCACCCGAGGCAAAGUGACAAUGUUCGAUGAUACGCAGACAGAAAACCCCGUGCGGACCAGGCCCUCGACACUGACGAAGCAGCGCUACUGCAGUCAAUGCAGAGGUGCUUGCAGAUACGGCUCACAUCACGAGCACCUUGGCCAGGUCGGCCUCAACUCGCUGGCGCCGCCGCAGGAUGCUAACACGCUCGCUUACGCUCUUUGCGACAGCCCGACGGGGCUCCUCGUCUAUAUCCUUAAGAUCAUACGCCUCCUGGCCGGCCCUGGUGAUGGGUCGUCGCGAACGUCCAUUGCCGACCAAAAGACCACGAUGCCGCCUACGUCGACAGUUGCGGGGCUGACACACGAUGAUAUCAUCACGCUCGUGAAUCUCGCGUGGCUGCCUGGAGCCGAGUAUGCGCUGCGAUUUUGGUCUCAGGCCGCGGCGCGGGGCGAGGUCGAAGCCAACAGGAUGCGCAAAAUAAGAAAUGGCGGCGGGAAGAAGCCGAGGGUGGCUGUCACUGUCUUUGUUGGUGGAAGAAACGAACUGAGCAAGACUGAUGGGCACGGAUCUGGCACUGGUAGUCAUACCAGUGAAGAUGUCGAGGCUGGCACUGUUAAUGAGCAAGGCGGAGGAAGAUCAGGAGCAGGGAUGGAAGGGCUGGCGCAAUCGCCAACUCACGCCCGUGCGCCUCUUGCAGAACUUCCAGAGCUGCCUGCGGGUAGCAGAGCCGCUCCGGAGCCUUACGUUUGUCCGGCCUGGGGAAACUCGCGCUUCGAGGUGAUGUUUGCCCAGCGUGUGUCUGGAAAGCCCGGUUUGCUCGCCUGGGAAAGGCCUCAAAUCAUUGUGAAUGGUAUCCGUGAACUGGCUCAGGCAGUGGUGAAAAUCGACAAACGCCUCACAGCUACUCAGCCGCAGACGGCGCAUUUGGAAUCUGUGAUUAUAGACGACGGCAAGGCCAACGACAGGGAACGGGAUCGCCCGACCACUGCAACCGUACAGCCGGCAUCUUCUGCUGCGGCGCAGAACACGCAGGAAGCAGAACAGCCGAUGACAGUAGAUGCAGAAGCAGCCCAAACUCCGUCAUCCCCCAGGCCCUCAUCAUCAAGGUCUAACAACGGCAAAGGACCGGAGAUUAACGACACGGACAAGACCACGAUAAUCCCACCCGUACCGCAGAGGCCAGAGCCGGCAAAACUAUCCAGCACAGACUCCUCGCCCCGGGAGCGCAUCGUGGGCCUUGCACGGAUCCCAGAGGUGGAGGAUGACGAGCUGCUGAAGCCUCCGCCACUGCCACGGGGCGACACUUUGUCCGAUUCCAGCCCCGACACGCUCGUCGUCACGACUCCGCCGCUUGGGGGAACCCCUCCCGUGGUCACCAGCCCGCUCCCGCCACCGAUCAAUAGACCCCAGUCGGCGGGCAAGCACAGCUUCGACGAGAGCGACGGCCCGCAGCCAAUAAGCCCGCCACCGAGGAGCGAAAGACGGUUAUCGAUCAACCCCGACCGGCCGACGACGUCCGGCGAUAGCGGCGAACAAAUACAAAACUGAACAAACCAUAUUUCGAGCCUAAGCUAUGGCAUUGUUUCAUAUCAUGUACUUGAUUUUUUUCUUGACGCAUCAGUUUUGUUGGAAUCUUCACAUUAUACCCCAUUUUGUUCUCUUCUUUUCUUCUUCUUUUUUUUUAUAGCAUUUACCUGCUUUGUGGUACAUAAUGGGGGUCGACAUUUUGGUCGAGGAUUGGUGUAUUUGGUUGGAUUUAAUCAUGGACGGGGUUUUAUGUGGCUGAAACGCAGCUUUGUGCCUUCUUUGUUUAUUUCUAAUGGGUAACGAUUAUAGGGCAUACGUUAAUGCAAAUACACGG